CUGAUGGUGUAUGCCCAGGAGAUGACCAAGGUGACAUGGAAAACAUAUUCAAUGGAUCCGUAUCGGUAUCACAGGGUGCUCCAUUAUUGCAUAUGGAUAAUGAAUUACUUCGACAAAAUUCGAAUCGGAAAAAAUCGGAAACAAGAAUCUCGGCAGCAGUAGGUCGUGCAGCAGGAUCUCCAGAAACAAGCAUCCGAAUCAGAUCACACUCUUCAGGAUACAUUUCCAAAACUUUUUCAGGAAUAGAUCCAUCUCGCUUGAGUGUAUCCAAUACAACCACUCGCUCCAUAGCCGUGUCAAAAACACAUACAAGCUCAAGGAGAAUAACGCCAAGAGAGUAGAUAUCAGAUUUGGUUGUGCAAAGCUGCUCUUCGAGAAUCUCAGGCGCCGUGUAAAAAUACGUUCCAUGGCUUGUGCUAGAUUCAAUCACGUCACAAGAGGAGAUAUCAUUUGAGAAAUACUUUGAAGCAUGCAGCGGUUGUCCGUUGUUAUUGGGUUCGCCCAUUAUGAUGAUGUGGUCCGACACACUUUUAGCCAGCCCAAAGUCGCCAAGAUAAACAUGAGACCCUUUGAGAAAGAUAUUUUCUGGCUUAACAUCCCUGUGGAUGAUAUUUUGUCCGUGAAUAUGAACCAAUCCACUCACAAGUUGAGCAAAAAUCAGCAUAUUGUGAGCACGAUCCACUGUACGACGAGAUUUGAUCCAUACACGGAGAUCUUGACAUGCAUAGAGUUGCAUUUGAAUAUAAAGGGUGGAGUUAUGGGUAUGUAAAGAAU